AAAAAAAAAAAAAGAAAGAACCAGAAGUUAUUUUUUUUUUUUUUUUGACUCAAAAACAUUGUCUCGGGUGCUGACAAUGAAAAAUAUCAAUCUGCUAAUACGUAUAUAAAAAAAAGCAUUGACUUUUUUUUUUCUUUUGACAACCUUUUUACUUUUUUUUUUAACUUGUGGAUAUGAAUGUACAAUUAUUGAAGCAAGCUACACGACGUGCUUUCCAAGGUAAUCAAACCAUACGACCAGCCUUGUUCUUUACUCGAAAUAGAUAUCAACAGAGCAUACAAUGGGCACGAUAUUCUUCUUUACGAAACCCUAGACAACUUGGACCUCGAGGAAGGAUUCGACAACAUGUAGAACGACAAAUACCUUCUCAACGAGUAACCAACAAUGUCGUCCAACCUGAACAAGCAACAACUACAACAACAACGGCUUCAAGUUUGAUACAACAACCCAACCCCAAUUUUAGUUCAGAUCCUGUUCAUACUCCUGUUUAUAUUCCAGAAGCACAAGAUGCCAUUGUCACCUCUAGUUAUGCGGGUGCUCCUGUGUUAUCACAACCAGCUUUAGUUGUUGGUAGAGAACUUGAAAUGAUGAAUAUUUUUCUUGGAUAUGAACAAGCCAACAAGUAUAAAAUCAUGGAUCCAAAUGGACAACAUGUUGGAUACAUUGCUGAAGAAGAAGGAUUUGCAAAGUCCUUGAGUCGACAAUUCUUACGAACCCAUCGACGAUUGAAUGCAACAGUAUUGGAUGCUCAAGGCAACGUGAUUUUCAAAAUAAUUCGACCAUUUUCUUGGAUCAAUAGCCGGAUUUUUAUCUAUACUUCGGAUGAUACUUUGAUUGGUGAAGUACAACAACGAUGGCAUCUCUUGCGACGAAAAUAUGAUUUAUUUAUAGGGUACAGUAUUAGAUGUUUAUAUAUAUAUAUGUGCUCAUUUUUUUUCUUUAAUAUUAGAAAUACACAAUUUGCUACUAUUGAUACUCCAUUUUUGGGUUGGGAUUUUGAUCUUCGUGAUGAACAAGGAACCGCCAUUGCCAAUGUGAGUCGAAACUUUGUUGGUUUCGCUCGAGAAAUUUUUACUGAUUCUGGACAAUAUGUAUUACGGAUGGAUGCUAUGGAAGGAAGUCAUGGUUUGACUUUAGAUCAAAGAUCUGUCAUGCUUGCUUGUGCUAUUUCCAUUGAUUUUGACUACUUUUCAAGACAUUCUAGUCAUGGUAGUGGUGGGUUCUUCCCAAUGCCCUUCUUUGGUGGUGGUGGAUAUGAAAAUGAAGAAAAAAAUGAACCUAAUAAUGAUAAUCAUAGUGGUGGAGAUACUGGAGGAUAUCCAGAUAUACCUCAACAACAACAACAACAACAACAACAACAACCUAAUGAAUAUGGUGAUGUAUGGAUGGAUGAUGAACAAGCUGGUGUAUCAAGUCCGGAUGAUGAUAGUUGGUUAGAUACUCUUGGUGAAUUCUUCAAAGACACAGAAUAGACACAUAUAUUUAGGAUAGAUUAUGUAAUAAAAAACAAAAAUAAUAAAAAAAGCAUACAUUCUGACUUGUGG